AUGAAGACUCUUCUGUUCCUCCUCCUCCUCUCCGUGUGUCAGGAGUAUUCGUGUGUCUCGGCAAAGACUUUAGAGUUUUUCAUCGCAGCGGUCGAGACUAAAUGGGAAUAUGUGUUUACAGACACAGCAGAUCCAGCCGCAAACCAGAGGAAGGUUGCAUCUGGUGUCCAGAAGUACACCAAGGCUGUAUAUACGGAGUACACCGAUUCCACCUUCACCACACCCAAGUCAAAACCUCCAUGGGCUGGCAUUCAAGGCCCGACCAUCAGAACAGUGGUGAAUGACAGGGUUGUGGUGCACUUCAAAAACUUUGCAUCCCAAUCCUUCAGUAUUUCUCCCAUCGGCAUUCCCUACUGGAAACAAUCAGAAGGCGCGGGGUACGAGGACUCCAGCUCUUUUCAGGAGCGUGCAGAUGACUCGGUGCCCCCUGGUGGCUACUAUAGAUACGUGUGGGACAUUUCUCCAAACUCUGGGCCAACCACAUCUGACCCAGACUGCCUGACCUAUAUCUACUCAUCCCAGGUGGACAUCAUUCGAGACUUUAACAGCGGACUCAUCGGCGCACUGCUGAUCUGCAAAACAGACGCUCUGACCGAGGACAGACAGAGGAGAGUGCCAGAGUUUAUUCUGCUCCUCUCGGUUUUCGAUGAGAAUAAAAGCUGGUAUCAGGACUUGGGUCGAGCAGAAAAACUGAAGAAAACCUCCAGCACUAACCAGUACCACACCAUCAACGGCUACAUCAACUCCACAUUACCAGGUCUGAGUGUGUGCGAGAAGAGUCCGCAGGUCUCCUGGCACCUCAUCGGUCUGGGCUCCAGUCCUGAGAUCCACAGCAUACAGUUUGAAGGACACACUCUGAAGGUGUUCGACCACAAGCGGGUGACGGUGGAGAUGACACCCAUGACCUUCACCACAGCCCUCAUGAAGCCCUCGGCCACGGGGAGGUUUCUGAUCUCCUGCAGGAUCCACUCACAUCAGACAGCUGGUAUGAAUGCGUUCUUCACUGUUGAAAACUGUCCUGAACCUGCACCACUUCCCCUCCCCGACAAGAGAAACGUUAAACACUCAGAUGACGAAGAGGAUGAGGAGGAUGAAGACAACAUGUUCUCUGUGGUGUUCAAACAAGGAGGUCCAAUAUCUGUGCUUCGCUCCAGCGCAAAGGGACGACCCAAAGUGUGGCUCCAUUACAUCUCUGCAGAGGAGACGAACUGGGAUUAUACAGCUCAGAGCGGAGACCGGCCUGCAUCUUCAGCCGGGUCUGAGUGGUUCAGAAAAGGCCCUCAGCGUCUGGGUGGUGUUUAUAAGAAAGUGGCGUUCGUGGAAUACACGGACAAGACCUUCAGCGUCAAGAAAACCACAGAGAAAACAUUGAUCGGCCCCGAGCUCCGAGGGGAAGUAGGAGACAAGUUUCAGAUUGUCUUUAAAAAUAUGGCCAGUCGUCCAUUCAACAUUUAUCCAAAUGGCCUGACCAGCGUUCAGCCUCUGAAGACAACAAACAAAGACAAACAGGUGGACCUGCGUUCUCUGGCCGUUCCUCCAGGUGAGAUUAUGACGUACCUGUGGAAGCUGACGGCUGAAGACGGACCCACAGAUGCCGACCCGCGAUGCCUGACGCGGAUUUACCAGAGUACGCUGGAUCCAGUCCGGGAUGUGGCAUCUGGGCUGGUGGGACCCCUGAUCAUCUGCAAAUCCCAGUCUCUGGAUAAAAGAGGCAGAGUGGUGACUUCAGAUAAAGAGAAGAAGCUGUUGUUUACGGUGUUUGAUGAAAACAGAAGCUGGUACUUCGAGGAAAACAUCAAGAGAAACAGUGAAGAUCUGGCUAAGAUCGACCGCAAUGAUCUGGACUUCUACAAUUCCAACAUCAUGCACACUGUGAACGGUUUUAUGUUCAACCACCUACAGUACAAGAUGUGUGUUGGCGAUGUGAUCCUCUGGCACGUGGCGAGCAUCGGCAUGCAAAACAACUUCCUGUCAGUUUAUUUCACCGGGAAUACGUUUGAGCGGGAAAAAGCUUACGGAACAGUGCUCACGCUUUUCCCAAUGACUGGAGACACAGUGACCACUGAAGUGGAGAUGCUGGGAGAAUGGGAGGUCAGCGCAUUUGACCCGUCUCUAAAAGAGCGAGGUAUGAGCGUCCGCUAUACCGUGGUAAACUGCGAACGUGUGCUCCCCAAAGUAGACUACGAUGACUACGAUGAAGAAUUCAUGGAGAUCAUCGAAAAAAACUUCCCCAAUCCACGAGGCACCAUGGGAAAAAACCGCACUAUCGCCAUCCGCGUCUGCAGAAACAGAACUGUGACGGAUUCUGGGAGCGGACGGGAAAACACGAGACACAAUGAGACACUGAACAGAAGCCAUGUGUGCGAGAUAAGAUAUAUUUCAGUAAAAGAAGAGAACGAUCUGGAAGCGUUAUCGCAGGGCGGUAUUCCUCAGGAUAUUCUGGAUCAACUAGACGAUGAUAUUGGAGGAAACUCAGUGGAAAGACAGAAAAGAUCCCACCAGGAAUCCCACACAGUCACAUCCAGUUACACUGAAUUAACUCAAAACCAACACAAUGACACACAAUCAGGUGCUGAAACUACAAAUGAGCUACUCAGAAAAUUCCUCUUCAAAGAUACAAACCUAAAUAUCUCUAGAAGAAAGCAGGAUAAGAUGGAGGAAAGCUUGAAUCCGCUUAGCUAUAAUACAAUCCUAAAUAUCUCAAUGGUGGAGAUUGAAAAAGCAAGGAGUCGGAGAGAACUGUGGAGCGUUGGAAAAACAAAGCAGAAAGAUGCAAAAGCUAUGAGUGAUAAUGAAGUUUUAGAAGACUCUGGAAGAAAGCCGGAUAAAAUGGAGGAAAGCUUGAACCCGCUGAGCUAUAAUUAUAAGGAUCUGAAGAAGUAUUCGGAGGUGGAUUUGGAGCCGGUGUCUAAUUCGUCGGAUGACCAGACGUUCGGGAAGAAGUCGGUGGCGAGCGAUUAUGAUGAUUAUAGCGAUGAGGGAAGCGUUGUGGGUUUGGAUCAUUUUGUUGAGGAUAAUGUCGGUGUUCGGUCGACAGAGUCAAAGUUUAGGAGUUACUACAUCGCGGCUGAGGAAGUCAUGUGGAAUUAUGGGAUUGACAAACCGGCUCAGCUCAUCAAACCAAGGGAGAUGCGGAGAGGACUGAGAAAAUACUUCCCAACCUAUAAAAAAGUGGUGUUUAGAGCGUAUCAGGACCAAGAUUUCAGGCAUCCAAUCAAACGAGGAGAACUGGACGAGCACCUGGGCAUUAUGGGUCCUGUAGUGAAAGCAGAAAUCAACGAUGUUCUCACGGUGGUUUUUAAGAACUUGGCCUCCAGACCGUACUCUUUCCACUUGCAUGGAGUGUAUGAUAAGACGCCAGGGAGUUUCAGCACUGGAGUGGGUCCAGAAAACCCCAAGUUGGAGGAAGAAGCAGGAGAUCCCGUUCCUCCAGGAGAGGAGAGAGUUUAUAACUGGAGAAUCUCCAGACGCCAAGGACCCUCGGCCUCAGAGUUUGACUGCAAGGCUGGAGCUUAUUACUCCAACGUCAACAUGGAGAAGGACAUAAACUCUGGGCUGAUCGGCCCGGUGUUGAUUUGUCGUCCUGGAACGCUCAACCCACGAGUCCUGCUUCAGCCUGACGUCACAGAUUUCUUUCUUCUUUUCACCACAUUUGAUGAAAGAAAGAGCUGGUACCUCGACUAUAACAUCAGGAAGUUCUGUAUCCCACCCUGCCAGGCCAGAGUAGACGAUCCCUGGUUCCAGACCAGCAACAAGUUUGCAGCUAUUAAUGGUUACGUGUCUGAGACGCUGCCCGGCCUGAGAGUUGAGCAGUACAGGACGGCCCGCUGGCAUCUGCUCAAUCUGGGAACUCAUGGCGAGUUUCACGCUGUUCACUUCCACGGACUGCCGUUCAGAGUGGGAAAAGAUCAGGAACACCGCAUGGGAAUUUUCAAUCUAUAUCCUGGUGUUUUUGGGACGGUGGAGAUGCGACCUGCCAUUGCAGGCACCUGGUUAAUAGAGUGCACUAUAGGAGAACAUCAGCUGGCAGGAAUGAGGGCAAAACUGCUGGUCUACAAUCCACAAUGCAAUCAGCCCAUAGGAAUGCAAUCAAGAUGGAUUACCAACAAACAAAUAACAGCUUCUGAUUACUAUGGUGACUGGAAGCCUGAUUUAGCCAGACUUCAGUUAACUGGAUCCAUUAAUGCCUGGAUGGGCAGCGGCUUAAACUCCUGGCUCCAGGUGGAUCUGUUAAGACCCAUGAUCCUGCAUGGUAUUCAGACUCAGGGUGCGAAGACUUCAAUGGGUUUAAGCGAGUCCUUCACUAUUCUCUACAGCAUCAGUUACAGCAAUGACCAAGAGAACUGGAGUGUUUACAGAGGAAACAGCACCAAACCAUCUUACACCUUCAAUGGAAACAUGGACGGUUCCAGAAUAAAGGAGAACUUAUUUUCUCCACCCAUCGUGGGACGCUACAUCCGCAUUUACCCUCUGACCUUCCAGAAGCAGCCCACGCUGAGGAUUGAACUGCUGGGGUGUGACCUCAACAGUUGUUCUCUGCCAUUGGGAAUGGAGCGCAGGUUGAUUCCCAACAGUAGCAUCAGCGCCUCUUCAUUCCUUAAUAAGUGGCUGCUUUCCUGGAGCCCUGACCUCGCCAGACUACACCAGGAGGGACGAGCAAAUGCUUGGAGACCAAAGUCUAAUAACCCUCACGAGUGGCUACAGGUGGACUUUGUGUCAGUGAAGAGAGUGACCGGUUUGAUCACACAAGGAGCUCGGUCCGUCCUGAAGCCCAUGAUGGUGACCGAAUUCACUGUUUCUGUCAGCAAUGAUGGACACAGCUGGAGCAGUGUGAAGGAGCAGGGCACUGACAGCGACCAGAUCUUUGAGGGGAACAGUGAUAAUGAGGAGGAGACGCUGAACAUCUUUGAUCCUCCUCUGUUCACUCGUUUCAUCCGCGUACAUCCUAAAGGCUGGGUGAACGACAUCGCCCUGCGGCUGGAGUUUCUAGGCUGCGACAC